AUGCCCGCACCCCGCGAGUCUGUAGAGGACGAUAGAGACGGCCUGCCAUAUCUGCAACGCAAUCGUUCCUCCUUGUCUGAAACCGUGAGAAGGAUAGGCGAAAACGAAGCCCGCAGCAGGUAUGAGGCUCGGGCCGAAGAGCAAGGCCUUGACGAGAAAAAGACGGCGAGCCCGAACUCUUCCAGCAACGAAGAUGAAAGAACGAUCAUUUCUUGGGACGAUGGUGAUCCAGAGAACCCGUACAACUGGUCCAAUACCAGAAAGUUUCUCAUUCUCUGCUUGACUAUGAUGCAAGUCAUCAACAGCACCAUGGGCUCUGCGCUACCCUCCAAUGCGAUUCCUUUCAUUACAGCCGAAUGGGGCGUCACGAACGAGCAGCAAAAGGUCCUGCCCAUUUCCGUCUUCCUCAUCGGCUACGUCUUCGGUCCGGUUGUUUGGGCACCCCUCAGUGAGCACCUCGGCCGUCGUACGCUGACCAUCAUCACCUUCGUCAUGUUCACCAUCUGGACCAUGGCUUGUGCUCUGGCGCCGAACUGGCCUGCGUUCCUCAUUUUCCGAUUUUUGACGGGGGUCUUUGCCAGCUCGCCCAUCGCCAUCGUGGCCGGGAUUCUCGCGGAUAUCUAUGGCAAUACCGAGUCUCGCGGCCGUGCCAUGACCGCCUUCAUGGUUACCACCGCCUUCGGUCCUCUCUUCGCUCCCAUUGUCUCCGGCUUCUGCUCCCCGACCAUAGGAUGGCGCUGGUCCUUCUGGAUAGCGCUCAUCUACGCCGGCGCCACCUUGGUGCCGAUCAUCCUUCUACCCGAGACCUACGGCCCGAUCCUACUCUCCCGCCGCGCUCGCAACAUGCGCAAACUCGACCCCUCCGCGAACAUCGUCGCCCCCCGCGAGAUGGAACGCACCGACUUCAAGCAGUUGGCCACCGUCGUACUGACACGUCCCAUGCGCAUGAUCAUAUUUGAGCCCAUCGUCAGCUGCACGUGCGCGUACCUCGCCUUGGUCUACACCAUCUUCUACAUGUCUUUUCAGGCAUUCCCUAUCAUCUUCCAGCAGCUUUACGGUCUGUCGCCCGGCGUGGCCGGACUGGCGUACCUCCCCAUAGGCGGCGGCUCGCUGAUCGCGGUCCCCAUCUUCAUCGGGUGGGAGCAGGGCCAUCUCCGCGCUCAGCGUAGUGGCUCCGAAUGGGCGAAGCAGGAGGAGUUCCGGCGCCUUCCUCUGGCGUGCAUCGGCGGGCCGCUGUUCUUCAUCUCAUUGUUCUGGUUGGGCUGGUCGUCCAGGGAGGGCAUCAGCUUCGUCGUACCCAUGCUGGCGGGCAUCCCCUUUGGCGCGGGGUUCAUGCUCAUCUUCAUCGCCCUGCUGAACUACCUCACCGACGCCUACGAGAUCUUCGCCGCCAGCGCAAACGCUGCGGCCUCGACCAGCCGGUCUCUGUUGGCUGUCGUGCUGCCACUGGCGACAACGCGCAUGUUUCACGAGCUGGGCAUCGCGGGAGCGUGCAGUCUGCUUGGCGGUCUUAGUGCCGUGAUGUGCAUCAUCCCCUUCAUCUUCAUAUGGAAGGGCGAGCAGAUACGGGCGGGAUCGAGGUUUUGUCUUGCGCUGAGAGAGAGGAAGGCGGAGAUGGAGAGGAAGGUCGAGGAGCAGAAACAAAAGGAGGAGGCGAGGAGGGCGUCACGGCAGAGCAUUCUGCCCGUUCCAAAAGCGGAGGUCUGA